AGUACUGGUGGGCGAUCCUCCACACACGAACGUCUCCGAAGAGAACGGAUUGAACUGAGAAUGAGAAAAACUGGUAUGUCUUUGCACACACGCGUUCCUGGCAGGUGCUGAGUGCGCAUUUUGGUACCAGAAACGCCAAGUACCAGCAACCACCAAGGACUGACCUGCAACAGUACCUCGUCCUUCGCGACAUUUGGUUCUAAGGAUUGCGGAUGGUUGAUGGACAAACAUUUGUGAAUUAAAAAUGCCACUUUUUAUUUGGUUCGAGUGCUUUUUAAGUUCGUGAUAAACGUGCAGAACUGAACUGAACGACAAUGGAUUCCUGCAUGAGUUCCAAGGAUUUUGAAAUUGAGCUCAACUCUAUCUGCCUUGAGGGCGGUGAAUUGGAUCUGCACUUGGCAGCAGAAUUGGGCAAAACGCUUUUGGACCGCAACAGGGAACUCGAGACCCACUUGAAGGAGAAACAGAGCACCAUAGAAGAUCAGAAGUUGGAAAUAGAGUAUCUAACGAAACAGACGGUCGCUUUAAAGGAGGUGAACGAUUCCCGAUUACGGAUCUACGAGCAGCUGGAGGUGAGCAUUCAGGACCUGGAACGCACCAAUCAUCGGCUCCAAUUCGAAAAUGGGUCUGAGAGGAAACACGUCAAAAGCCUCAAUGCCACUAUUGAGCAGUUGGAGGGCAAGAACGAGGAACUACAGGGUGUUAUCGACGAGCUGAGGUUACAAAUAGACGUUCUCAAAAAGAAGGCGUUACGUAGCAGCGAUGUGGGAUUGAGCAGAAGCGCGAACCAAUCAGGUGUUACGUUACGACACGUUCUACAAAGCCCAGAAAAUGAGGAACUGCCUGCUACCCCUCCAUCGUCACAUCCGAAACAGGACAAAUGCUCAGGCGGGCACAAUUCGCGAUUUCAACAAACGUUCGCCCAUCAAAGACCAGAAUGUGACCAAAAUUCGACUGAAGAACCCGACCAAGGUAUGGAGGAAAUGGCUCAACUGUUGGCGCAGCUCAGGGAGACUCGGGCGCAAUGCAGCAAAGAUGAACGAAUAAUUGGGGAACUGCAAGAGCAGCUGACGACGCUCGAGCACCAGAACCAGGCUCUAGAGCACCAAGUGGUUCAGCUCAGCCACAGAGGCGACGAUCUGAACAUGAAAAGCAUGCACGAAGAGCUGAACUCCCUGGACGAAGUCAGACAAGGGCAGGUGUGCAGCAAAUGUCUGCGCACAGUGGAUCAGUCCUCUGAGCUGGACCUCGCCGAAGACGACGAUCAGAGCAUGCUGGACGCAUUGAACGCCACUCAGCAUCGCGCCUCCUUCUCCAUGAACGUAAAGGACCAUGCAAACAGCCAGUCUUCGCCCUUACCAACUCGCGGGCACGACAAUCCGUAUGAAGUGCUCGUGAAGAAAUACGAGGCACUGGUGGAGGUCCACCGAGGAAACCCUGGCAAAACGGCAAAGUCUGAUCAGUGCCCGUCCUUGCAGGAUGAAAUGCAAUUGACUUCCGGUGACUUCGUCUAUGGGACCAGCACUAAAGAUACCGACGAGGAGAGUGGGCACGGUGGAAGUUUGCGCACCGGCAAGCAGACCAGAAAGACCUUCUCGACGCCGACGGACUUUUCGGAAGCAGAAACUAGUUCUUCGGGAUAUGCCGAGGAGACGAGCAACAAGGGCACCCAGACCGAGAGCAACAUCGCGUCCUUCCUCUGCAAGAUCGUGGACGGUGAGGAUUGCGUCAGUAUAUAUGAUGAGGCCACUCCCUUCGACUCCCGAUUCCGCGACCUGCCAGAGUAUCGGGACUUGUUUGUGGAGAUAUUCAAAGUGUUGAAAAUCGCCGCCGAGAAGAAGGCUGGAGGGGAGGAGCUACCGCUCCUCCCGGCAACGCCUGCGCCUUUGCAGCCAAUGGCUGCCGAGUUCCUGGAUGACGAUACACAGAGUGUCCUCUCCUCGACCAUGUCGGAACUGUCGACGCAGAACGAGGGCACCACUAUCGUGGAAAACAUCAUCCAGGCGCAGAACCAGCCCAUUCCUGAAGCCGAGGAGCCGACGAAGGCCGAGUGCGUGCUCAGACCGCUGGUGCGCCAACCUCUCGAGUAUGUCUCGGUGGAGGUUCGCAAACGCUCCUCCUCGCGACGCAAGAACAAGUUUUCUGAACGGUCCGAUUCGCCCAUCACCCACAUCAUCGGCAGCCCCAAAAUCACCUACUCCAGUCGCCCAAAUUCCGGCAAGAAGCGUCGCGACGUUCGUUCAUCGGCCCCGGAAGAAGACAGCGUUUGGAACGGCAGCACCUUGCAGUUCUGGGCGUCGGACAGAAAUGCUCCCUCGCCCACACCCAGCCAGGGCAGCACCAAAGGAUAUUUGGAGUUCAAGCCCAGCUUGGCCUCCCAAGACUUGAACAAGCUGAAAAAACUGGAUCUGUCCUAUGCAGAAGUAUUGAGGAAGGCCGAUACGAAAAAACGGGAGCUGUACAGGCAGAGAAGGAAAUAAAGAUCUUUGGCUUCUCCAGCCGCUGGUGGUUUAGAUUGUAGGUCCGCAUUCCACUGUAGCUUAGUUUGUCUUUCUUUGUUUUCAAGAGGCUUUCCUUUGCGACGAGUUACAUGGAGGCUGAACCAAGGCGCCUGUAAAUAUUGCGUUCGCGUCAAGACCUGUAUAUGUUGAUUUUAUCAUUAGUAGAUUUAUGAGUAACUUGUUACAUGUGCCAAUCGUCGAGUUUAAUCACAAAUUUUUAGCUAAUAAUAAGUAGAAAGAUUGAUGGAAAACAAUUUUUAAAAUUGGCACAGUUAAGGCGAUGCGGUAACAAGAGACACAAGAAAUUUUUGGUAGGUUUCGCCAGCAAAACUACCAAAAGCAAAGACGCAGGAUUUUGCUUGCUCUGUAUGUGUCUUGUUGACCAACCUGCUAAAAUUGCUGCUAUUUGACGACAACUAAUUAAGUUAACGAAUCUGGCUCAACUAUUCUAACACUUGAAAAGUUGUUUUCUUCUCUGCUUCUAAAUAUACAAUGCGACAACAAAGUCGACCCAACAACGGGAUGUAAUACUUUGAAUGUAUUUUUCUUUCAGUGUAAGUGGAUGUGUAAGUAAACGUUUGUGAUUAAAUUAUUUUACACUUG